AGUAUACUUUGACGCCGUUUCUCUUCUUAUUAAACCUCGUUUUGCUUCUGCUAUACUUUCUUUCUACUUUGCUGCUUUCGCUCUUUUUUUUUUCUUCCAUACUUACGCUGAUGUACCCUCACCGUUUCCCCGGCGGCCCCCGACCGCCAGCGCAGCCUCCUCCUCCCGCAACCGUCCCAAACCCUAACAUGUUCUUCCAAGCAGGCGCAUCUUUCCCUCCUCACAACUUCUAUCUCCCAAACACUACAUGGCCUUUCCCCCUCCAUAACUCCCCCGCCUUCCCUCCUCCGCCGCAAAACCCCUCCGCCUUCCUUCCUCCGCCGCAAAACCCUCCCGCCUAUGCCAACCGGCCGCUACACCCGCCCGGCUGUGCUCCUCGGCCUCAAAACCAGCCCGGCCCCACUCCUCCGCCGCCAAACCCGUCCAGCUCCGCUCCUCGGCAGCAAAAUCCCAAACAUGCCAUUGACAUGGCUGACAACGCUUCCUCCAAAGUCUGCCGCGACCUUCUCGACGCCGGAGACUCCGUCUCCGCCUGGAAAGUUUCCCAGAACGCUCUCUUAAUGCUCCAAGUUGAUUCAUGGAACUCUUUAGGAAUUAAAAUGCAGCAGGUUCCAACACUUCACCGUCUUAUGAUAACUGAAGGAAAGGUGAAUGCUUUUGUCCAUUGCUUUGUUGGGGUUCGAAGGAUCACUUCUUUAUAUGAUUUAGAAGUGGCAAUAUGCAAUAACGAGGGUGUUGAUAGCUUUGAAGAGCUUGGAUUGGGUCCUUUGUUGCGCCACCCUUUAGUUAUUCAUUAUUUUUUGAUUCGUUCCGAUGUGACCAAAGUAUUUAAGAUAACCAGCGAGGAGAUAAUUCAGUUUUUGAGCGAGUUUUUAGAUGCUUCAAAAGCUAAAGCAGUCAUCGGGGUUGAGGAGUUACUUGAUUUCAUUGCCAAGAAGCGGUCGGUUAAUUGCAGGGAAUGGCUUGGGAUUCGAAUUCAGAGCUUGGGAAUGCACAUAGCUGCCAUAAGGGAAGCUAAAAAGUCAGAGGAUUCAACACUUGAGAAAUGCUUGAGGACAUUUAGAUCAAAAAGUGACAAGUUUAGGAAGCGGCCAAUUUCUUCCUCUCAGAAAAAGCAGUUAGAUGAGCGUUUUAGCACCAUUACUCAGCGUGUUGAGUCGUUUUCUUCUGUAAAAAAGUAUUUUAGCGGCAAGCAUAUACGGUUUAUGUCGUCAAGCUCAGAAGGUGAAGAUAGUGAUUAUUCUACGGAUAAUGAUCAGAAUGAUAACAUUAUUAAGGGCAGCUGGUCAAACUCAUCAUCUCAAUUUGGCAAAAGUUCAGAACGAGUUAGUCGCUGUCCCUACCCAUCCGCAACUGAAGAGAGGGCACGCCUUAAGGGUGAUAUGCAGGGAGACUCCCUUUCUCAUAGCAACCUUAAGAAGGGGUUUACUGAUCCCCCUAGAAAAAAGAGAAAAUCUGAAAAUGUAACUUCUACAAGAUCUCCACCUUCUAAGUUGCAUAAGAAUAACAAAUUUGAGGUUGAUACAACCCCAAUCAAGAGUGGUAACACAACCAAGGCGUCAAAUAAUAAGGAUGAAUAUCUUUCGAUCACUAGUGAUUCUUUGCAGAUGUUUGUCUCAACCUGGAAGGAAGCAUGUUUGGAACACAAGGUGACUGAGGUUUUGGAAAGGAUGCUUCAAUUCUAUGGAGUAAAUUCCAAGCAAAAGAGGAAAAUCCGAACAACGUUCGUAUCACAUCCCUUCUUAAUUCGGUUACUACAUGCUGCUGUGUCAGCUAUCAAAUCUGGAAUGUGGAAUAGCAUCUAUGAUACCUUCCAAACUUUCAACCAUAGUGAAUUAACUAACUCACCAACCAAGAGUUCUGAAUAUGAGACCUUAGAUGUUGAACCCAACUUGGAAAAUGUACCUCUGGUAACAAAAGAUGGCACAGAGACUACAAAAAGUAUUUCUGCUGAAGAUGCCAUCAGAAAAAUUGGAAUGUAUUUUGACCUUGAUAAUGAAGUAUAUAGAAAUAGUGACUCACAGGAGCAAUCUAAAAUUAUGUUUUUGAGGAAGUUUUGCAACUGUGAAAUUUGGUUGACUGAGCAGUUUGGUGUGAAGAACUUCAGUGCUCUUGGUCAUGGGGAUUUCUUAUCAUUCCUCGAGAAUUAUGUUCACCUGUUGCCUCCUGAGCUGCUCAAAGUAUUGGAUGGUGGCAUGUGCAAAAAUUCCUCUUUCAAGGCCUGCAUAUCCUCAAAUGAGUUGGCUGCUCUAGUAUCUCAGUCUCUUGAUAGUUUGUGGAAGAAUAAAACAGUAACCAAUCAGAUGAUUUCCAUGCUGCUUAUGAGACAGUUUCCUUCAAUUGGUUUUGAAAUUGUGGAGAGCGGGUCUGUUGAGGAUCUGCUGGAUACUGUUCGAGAGCAUAAAUCUAGGGUUAAUUCAAAAUGCGUUGUAUUUUCUGCAACCAUGAUAGACUCUUUAAUUGAUGGAGAUAACAAUUCGUCUGGAAACACCACUGAUUGGUAUGAAAUGGGUCAUACGUCAAAAAACUCUGAAACUAUCACAUCAAAAAAGGCAAUUGAAGUAUUACUUAAGUCCCCAAUGUUGUCUGACUUGAGCAAGUGGUCUCAUUGGGAUCUUAUGUUUGCACCCACCCUUGGUUCGCUUAUAUCAUGGUUGUUGAAUGACGUAAAUACCAAAGAAUUAUUGUGUUUGGUUACCAAAGAUGGAAAGGUGAUACGAAUAGAUCGUUCUGCGACCUCAGACUCUUUCCUUGAGGCUGCAAAGGAAGGAUCCUCUUUCCGAACUGCAGUUAAUCUGUUAUCUUUGAUCUCACUUUUUGGCGGAGAAAAAGAUGUUCCAUUGUCACUUCUAAAGCUUCAUGCCUGUGAUGCAUUUAAAGACAUGUUUAAAAACUUUGUGGAAGAUAGUGUAGUAAGUGAUGAUAAAAAUGUUCUCCAUUCUGAAGAAGCUUUAUGUAAAACAAAAAUUUUAACUGAAGUUUCAACUACUAAAAUGAAAAGUGCAUUUGGCAACCACUUACAUAAAGUGAAUAAGGCAGUGUCAAUUCUGUCAAGGUUUGUCCUUGAUUGUCUUGGUUAUCUACCUGCUGAAUUUCGUAAUUUUGCUUCUAAAGUGUUGCUCUCUGGGAUGCAAUCUGCUUUCAAGGAUGCUGCUGCAGCUAUUUUAUGUGAAUGCAGCAACAUGGAGCAGCAUCUCAUGCUUCAUGAGGUAGGAUUGUCUCUGGGUAUUACCGAGUGGAUUAAUGAUUACCAUGCAUUUAUUUCAAACAACACUCCUGACCAGUUUUGUGCUCAUGUUUCAUGCUUAAAAGAUGGCAAAACUGAAAUAAGUGCAGGACUGAAGCAUGAUCAAGAUAUCUUUGAUAAGUCUCUUGUGCCUGAAGUAAAUAUGGUUGCAUCACUUGUGCCAUGUGGGCUCAAUGAAAGGUGUACUGAAAUUAGUCAAACAGUUGAUAGAGAAAAAUCUAUGGACGAGUCUAUGAUUGGCCACCUAAAAGAUUCAUUUCAAAAUGCCAAAGAUAUUGAUUCUUCUCUGGUCAUUCAAUCUAUUAGGCAAGAUGAAUUUGGGCUAGAUCCUAGUCUUUCUGAUAUUGAGAGUUGCAUGUUGAAGAAGCAACAUGCUAGGUUAGGGAGAGCACUGCAUUGUCUUUCACAGGAGCUAUAUUCUCAAGAUUCACAUUUUAUUCUUGAAUUGGUUCAAAAUGCAGAUGAUAAUAAUUAUCAAGAGAAUGUGGAGCCGACUCUUGCUUUUAUUCUUAGAGAUUCUGGCAUUGUUGUAUUGAAUAAUGAGCAAGGAUUCUCUGCUAAAAAUAUGAGAGCACUUUGCGAUGUUGGAAAUUCAACAAAGAAAGGGUCCAGUACUGGAUACAUAGGGAAGAAAGGCAUUGGCUUCAAGUCUGUGUUCCGAAUCACAGAUGCUCCAGAGAUUCAUUCCAACGGUUUUCAUGUUAAAUUUGAUAUUAGUGAAGGCCAGAUUGGUUUUGUUUUGCCCACAUUAGUUCCUCCAUGUGAUAUUGGGCUGUUUGGGAGGAUGGCAUUUACUGGUACUGAUUCAUAUGGUGAUAAUCCCUGGAAUACAUGCAUUCUGCUUCCAUUCAAAUCUCAUCUGUCAGAAGGAACUGUCGUGAAUAGUAUUAUGACUAUGUUUUCAGAUCUUCAUCCUUCAUUGUUACUAUUCCUUCACCGCCUUAAGUGUAUCAAGUUAAGAAACUUGCUCAAUGAUACACUUAUUGUUAUGAAAAAAGAAAUUUUGGGAGAUGGAAUAAUCAAGGUUUCUCAUGGGAAAGAGAAAAUGACAUGGUUUGUAGUAUCUCAGAAGUUGCAGACAAAUUCCAUUCGCUCUGAUGUACAAACAACUGAAAUAUCUAUGGCAUUUACACUGCAGGAAUCCGACAAUGGUUAUAGUCCAUGUUUAGAUCAGCAGCCAGUUUUUGCUUUCCUUCCUUUAAGAACGUAUGGCCUGAAAUUUAUUCUUCAAGGUGAUUUUGUUCUUCCCUCAUCUAGAGAGGAAGUUGACGGAGAUAGUCCAUGGAACCAAUGGUUGUUGUCAGAAUAUCCUAAUUUGUUUGUCAGAGCAGUGAGAGAGUUUUGUGAGCUUCCCUGUUUUAGGAGUGAGCCUGGAAAGGGAUUGUCUGCUUUCAUGAGCUUCAUUCCUUUAGUUGGGGAAGUGCAUGGUUUUUUCUCCAGUCUCCCUCGUUUGAUUAUUUCGAAAUUACGCAUAAUGAAUUGCUUACUCGUGGAGGGUGACAACAAUGGAUGGACCCCUCCAUGCAAGGUAUUGAGAGGUUGGACUGAGCAGGUGCGCAGUCUUCUUCCUGAUAAUGUACUUUUUGAACACCUAGGGCUCAGAUACCUGGAUAAAAAUGUAGUAUUGUCUGAUACGCUUGCAAGGGCACUAGGGAUUGAGGAGUUUGGUCCUACAGUUCUUGUUCGACUAAUGUCAUCUUUGUGUUACACAACAAAUGGGAUGAUAUCAAUGAAUAUGAGUUGGUUAGCUUCUUGUCUAAAUACACUCUAUGCUUUGAUGUUUGAUUCAUCUGGCACAAUGUCAAUCAAUUCUGAAAUAAGAGAGGAUAUUCUAAAAAGACUAAAAAAAACACCGUUUAUUCCACUUUCAGAUGGUACAUACAGUUCAGUAGAUGAAGGAACUAUAUGGUUGCAGUCCAAUACUUUAAACACAGGAUUUGAUGGUGAGUAUAAGAUUGAAGCUUUCCCUAAUAUAUGUGCUAAACUACGGACUGUAAGUCCUUCACUUCUUUCUGCGGCUUCCGGCACUUCAAACUUGACUUCUUUGGACAGUGUUACUCGGUUGCUUCAGACUAUUGGUGUUCAACAGUUGUCUGCACAUGAUGUUGUGAAGUUGCAUAUUUUACCUGUGUUAUCUGAUGAAACAAUGGCAAGAAAGAACAAAAUGUUGAUGAUAGAAUAUAUAUGUUUUGUAAUGCUGCACCUGAAAUCUACCUGUUCUGAUUGUUUAAUUGAGAGGGAGCAUAUAAUCUCAGAGUUGCGAUGUAAAGCUUUAUUAUUGACAGAAUGUGGUUUUAAACGUCCUGCUGAGGUACCAAUACAUUUCUGUACUGGAUUUGGGAAUCCUGUCACUCCAAAAAAGUUGGCAGAUGCUGUGAAUAUGAGGUGGCAUGAGGUGGACAUAAGCUAUUUAAAACACCCAGUAAAUGAUUCAGUUUCAUCUUCCCUAAUCAUGUGGAGGGAAUUUUUUGAGCAAAUUGGGAUCACUGAUUUCACUCAAAUAGUCCAGGUGGAUAAGAGUGUUGCUGAAAUACAUGAUUCUGCUUUUAAGCAGGUGAUGUGGGACAGGGGUCUAAUUUCUGCUGAAUCAAUAGUUAAAGAUUGGGAAUCCCCAGAAAUAGUGCAAUUAGUAUCAUUAUUGUCUAAAAGUGGCGAUCAAGAAAAUUGUAAGUACCUCUUGGAGGUUCUUGAUACAUUAUGGGAUGCUUGCUAUAGUGAUAAAGCUCAAGGUUUCUUCUACUCUAAAUCUGUUGGAGAUGGCCAUCCCUUUAAGUCUACAUUUAUAUCUAACUUAUGUGAUAUCCGAUGGGUCGUAUCAACCAUGGAUAAUGAGCUACACUAUCCUAAAGAUUUAUUUUAUGAUUGUGAAGCAGUUAGGACGAUCCUUGGAACUUUUGCACCAUAUGCUGUUCCAAAGGUGAAAAGCGGAAGAUUGGUAAACGAUAUUGGGUUGAAGACUAGAGUUACUCUUGGUGACAUUUUGGAUAUUCUUAAUGCCUGGAGAAAAUCAUCAAAAACUUCAUUCAAGGCCAGCAUAAAACAAAUGUCCGAAUUUUACAGUUUCAUUUGGAAAGAAAUGGCAGCUUCAAAGCAGAAAACCGUGGAAGAUUUUAUGUCUGGACCUUUUAUAUUUAUCCCUUACUCAUCUGUCCAAAGUCACGAUGAUGAUGUUUGCGGGACUUUGGUGCAUCCCAAUGAAGUCUAUUGGCAUGAUUCAACUGGCUCUGUUCAGAAGAUGGAGGAGUUACACCCUCAAUGCAGCUCAUCUCAAUCCCCAGUUAACAGGUCACUGUGCAAUAUUUACCCCACCCUUCGUAGUUUCUUUGUUGAUGAGUGUGGGGUCCAAGAGGCACCUCCUCUACACAGCUAUAUUCAAAUUUUGCUGCAGUUAUCAACAGUCACUUUGCCUUCACAAGCAGCAGAUAAAAUUUUUCAAAUUUUCCUCAAGUGGGCAAAUGGACUAAAUUCUGGUUUGUUGAGUGUUGAGGAUGUCGUAUAUCUGAAAGGAUGUCUUUCAAAAUUAGAAUUUCCAGUGCUUCCCACUGUGCAAGAUAAGUGGGUUUCAUUGCAUCCUUCCUUCGGUCUUGUCUGCUGGUGUGAUGAUAAGAAGUUGAAAGAAGAAUUUAAGCAUUCAGAUAACCUUGACUUUCUUUAUUUUGGUGAAGUAACUGAGGAUAAUAAAAAUUUGGUGUUAAAAAAGUUCUCCUUCCUCAUGAAAAAUUUAGGUAUUCGAGCUAUCUCAGAGGUGGUAACUCGUGAGGCAAUAUAUUAUGGUCUAUCUGAUUGUAGCUUGAAAGAAUCAUUGAUCAAUAGGAUUCUUCCAUAUGCUCAGCGCUACAUUCACAAAAAUCAUUAUGAUAAAUACAUUGAACUCAAGCAGUCUGGCUUCAGUAUGUUAAGUAAUCUUAAAGUCAUUGUGGUUGAGAAGCUGUUCUACAGGAAUGUUAUAAAGGACUGUGACAGUGUAUCAAAGAAACGGGUCGAAUGUAGUUGUCUUCUACAGGAAAACAUUUUGUACACCGUCCAAGAAGCAGAUCACCAUUUCUUGUUUAUGGAGCUUUCUAAUUUAUUACUUGAUGGGAUUGAUGGGGAUUGUUCAAUUCGCUUGGCUGAUUUCCUUCAUAUGAUAAUAUACAUUCCAGAAUCUGAUGUUGAAAAAAUAUUGAAUAACCGAAAGGUGCCGAACCUUCCAGAUGAAGAACCUGUUUGGGCAUUAUCUACCGUGUCUUCGCUUCUAGAGGCUGAAAUAUCUCAACCUUCAGAUUAUGUUCCAUCGACGAAUGAACAGAUAUUUCCAGGAAGGAAAACUGGAAUGUGCUCAAACUGGCCACCUGCUGAUUGGAAAACUGCACCGGAUUUCAAUUAUGCCCGUGCCAAUGGUUUCAAGACCAAACCUGCCCAGAUUAGUAGCAUUACUGAAGUGAAGUAUGAUGAUAAUUCUGAAGGCAUUAGUGCUCCACCAGUUGGUUCUGAACAAGGAUUGGUUUCUGUUGAAUGGGAUAUCAUCGAGGAUCCACCAGCAGCAAGUUCAGUGUCAUUAGUGUUGCAUGAAAAAGAAAACAUGAAAAAUCAAUCCUACCGUGAUUUUGAGCAGAUUGAUUUUCACCAUAACGAAUUUGAUACUGUUAGUUUGGGUGAGGAUAUGGAUGAAUCUCUAGCUGAAGCUCACUUCAGUUCGCCAGCUUUUAGCACGAGAGAUCGACUUCAAAUUGGUACAAUUGACACAGCACAAGCAAAUGUAACUGGCAGAUUAGGCGAGUCUCUUGCAUACAAACACUUUGCUCGUAAAUUUGGAAGCACUGCCGUUAGGUGGGUUAAUGAAGUUAAUGAAACAGGACUUCCAUAUGAUUUGGUCAUUGGAGAGGAUACCAAUAAAGAGUUUAUAGAAGUUAAAGCAACCAGGUCUCCAAGAAAAGACUGGUUCCACAUAACCUUGAGAGAAUGGCAGUUUGCAAUUGAUAAAGGCAAAUCAUUUAGCAUUGCAUUUGUUGCAAUAACGGAAAAUGAUAAGCCGCGGAUUGCUAUAUUCAAAGAUCCAGCGAAGUUAUGUCAGCAAGGUGUGCUGCAAUUGGUUGUUAUGAUGCCAAAACAGCAGAGGCAGUUACCUGUUGUCUCAUAGCUUCCAUUCUUGUUUCAUAUGGUUUGUGGAUGGACCUGAAAAAAAUCCUAAGACUUUUGAAGCCACCUUCUGCAUCUCGGCUAUGUUGGAAGUUUACUUUAAUAGCCAAGAAGAUUAAUGUGAGUGGAUAUCACUUUAAUGCAACAUUCACGAUUUGUUGAUCACAUACUUGUACAUCUCUAAGUUACAUAACCCCCAUGGAGAAGGAUGGCUAGGCAAAUAUUGUUGAAAUACUAAGGAAUACUUUUUAUGCAUGUCGCCAAUAUUCUGGUAGGGUUUCCUGUCAGUGUCAGCUAUUUCAUAUUUUUGUCUCAAGUAUUUAUGGCUGCCACCAGGGUAAGAUCCAUUUUUCAGGGUGAAGCUCAAGGUCGAUGCCACUUUUUGCGAAUACAAAAUGUAUACAAAUUUUGCAGGUAACCUAGUAGGGUUCCAAUUUGAUAUAGCAAACACUAGGAAAGAUGCAAAACUGCGUGCUUUCCUUAUGAAAUGUAAUUUAUUCAUUGUCCAGUUUUGGAAUUUUGGUAUUUAUUUAUAUAAAUAAAUGCAUUUGUUGAAGGCCUUUGCUA